AUGGACCCUGAAAAGACGCUCGGCGUAGUCAUCUCAGCGACCACCGUGCCCGCCUCCUCCCUCACCCCGGAGCCGCCCACGACCCAGCAGCACGGCCCUCCUCAACCUCAAUCCAAAGACAACGUCAAUAUCGAGAUCUCCCCCGCCUCGUACGCUGACGACGCCAGAUUUGUCCAAGCCCUCACCGACGUCGUCAACGUCGUCUACCUCGAGGCCGAGGCCGGCAUCUUCAACGAGGGCUACCAGCGUACCACGGCGUCCGGCAUCGCGGACCUCCUGCGCGCGGGACAGCUGGCUGUCGCUUUUCUCUCUGAGCCCAAGACUUCAACCUCGCCAAUAACUCCCAAUUCGGAGUCCGGAUCUGAUGAUUCCCGCCGCCCCAUCGGCUGCGUCUGCAUCAAGCGCCUCAGCGACACGCACGGCGAAUUUGGAAUGUUAGCCCUAGCCGCCUCGCACCGCGGCGGCGGGCUUGGCCGGGAUCUAGCGCAAUUUGCCGAGGCGCGGUGUCGGGGCUUGGGGCUCAAAGUGAUGCGGCUCGAGCUGCUGGUACCGACGUUUUACGAAAACGCGAGCAAGGUGCGGAUCCAGGGGUGGUAUGAGAGGAUGGGGUAUCGGGUCGUCCGGCUGCAGGAUUUCGGCGAGGAGUAUCCGCAUCUGGCUGGGUUCUUGGCUGGGCCGACGGAGUAUCGCGUUUUUGAGAAGAGUUUGGUGUAA